AGUAAAGAUGUUCAACUAUUCUCGAGUAUGAGCCUUUUAAGCUUUGCUUCAAAUAGCCCGCGAAAUUUAAAAUUUCUUACAUUUUUCACUCAGCUCGUUAAGUUAUCGAAUAAUCGAAUAAAUUAGGAUGAUAAAGUAUGUAUUUGCGUAUAGUGACGUAGCUUAUUAAAUGACAUAACGUAAGAUUAUUUAAACACCAUGUAUGACAUACGUUAUAAGAAAACACCGUGAGGAAACCUGGGCUUAUAAUUUCUAAUUAGAAGUUUAAAAUCGCCAACCCACAUUGAGCAAGCUUGGUGACUAAUGCUCAAACCUUCUCCGUACGAGAAUAUGCCUUUGGUUAGCAGAGGCCACUUAUAGGCUGCCGUUGAAAAAGAUGAUGACGUAGGUUAAGGGUAUUUUUGUUGAACUCCUGAAAUUCAUAAUACGUUUCUUAAUAGCGUUAGUACCUACUUAAUUUUAUUUGCUUUUAAAUGCUAUGGCUAUGACAUAACUAUGAAUAAGACGCGACAAUUAUGAUUGCUAAGCAGGCUCGGUUUUAAUUCCCGAGUCGAAUAAAAUAUUAUCAACUCGUAACAUAACAAAACAUACUUGAUGAAAAGUGUGCUUCAUAUUUGAAGAUAAUGAUAAACAGCGAACUUCUCAAUAAACUUAUAAUCACUUGUAAACAAAAGAUAACAAUCUAGGUAACAUAACACCGGUGUCAUUAAUGUUACAUCAGAAACCGUUUCCUACAUUUCUAAAACUUGCAUCAGCCGCCUGUUCACUAAAGUUCAAAGUCAAUAAAAUUUCAUCAGACUAACGUGACUAAUAAAUAGGUAAUACCUUGCCUUGUUGUGUGACUCAUCUCAUAAUCAGACCAAAAGGGCAAGACAAGAACUCUACGUCAUUUUAACAAACCUUGUUUAUCGGAAUUUGAUUUAAAAUCGAAUAAUUAACUUCAUUUUCAUACAUAGAUUCCUUGUAUUUUUUCUUUUUGUUUUCAAGUUUUUUGUUUUGGUCUCACACAUGCAAAAUACCACUGUCUGUCUCUUUUUAAUCUGUAUGACAUAUUUAUGACGUCAUAUCUUUUAUCUCUGUCUGCCUGAUAUGAUAGUGCUUUCUGUCCUUGUCUUUUGUUGCAUUGACGUCAUUUUGCCGACACCCCCUUGAUAACGCUCAACCAAUCACAAAGCACCACAUACACAUUUUCGAGAAUCUAGAAAAACAUUUAUUACUCGCUGAGAAGCCGAACAUGUACGACGCAAUCGUUAAUAGCUCGCCCGCGAGGAAAUAUCAUAGAAAAGUGCUCUAACAAAUGCUUGAUACGGACCAUCCGAGAGUUUGAUAGUAUGCUUACGUUAAGACACUAAUUUAUUAUCAGCUACCAGUGUUGUGGGGUGUUUGUUUAUAACUUGUGAUAAAACAAAUCAACAAGAUGAGCGGUCCCAUAAUCAUCACGGUGCCCAACAACUACCUGGCCAUGGAGGCGGUCGAGGAGCUGGAGUCGAAGGUGUUGGUGGAUCUACCAUCUCCGGCUCCCUCCAGGAAGCGUCGCCUGGACCACCUCACUUGGGAGGAGAAGAUGCAAAGAAAGAAGCUGAAGAACCGUGUCGCGGCGCAAACCUCACGCGACAGGAAGAAGGCGAAGAUGGAUGAGAUGGAGAGUCGGAUAAAAUACUUUAUGGACAUGAACGAGCGGUUGACCAGUGAAGUCGAGAGCUUGAAGGCGCUGAACGAGCGUCUGUUGAGCGAGAACGCAACGCUUCGCAGCGAAGCGGCGGCGGCGCGGAGUGUCGCGGGUACCCCCAGACCAGCAGAGUCUAUUCCUCAGCAGAAGGAAGGGCACCCGACGGCACUCCGGGCGGCGCGCCUGCUGCUGGUGAUGUGUCUCCUCUCGCAGACCUCCUCGCACACUUCGACUCAGACGAAUACCUCGAUACCCUCACUCAACUUGCAGACUCCCUCUUCAAAGAAAUUGAUGCAAAUGCUGCAGGAACGCCUCAAAAUGACGCAGUCAGGAAAGCUGGAGAGUGCAUUGAAGGAACUAAAGUGGUGGGGCCCGCAGCAGAGCACCUGGAAUCCAGUGGAGGUGCAGUCGUAGACAUCAAGCACGAUGUCGACAGGAUACUGUCCCAGCAUUCAUAUGCGCAUCCUUACAAACCAGAAGCCGCAGACACACAAGUACAAAUCAAGGAGGAGAACAAUGACAAAGGGGACAUGUUCUACGCCAGCUGUGAUGAGGCCAAUGACUGCAUCACCAUCGAAGUGCCAUGUGAAGAACACAUCGUGGAGGAAACUCCUCUACAGAUUAAGACGGACUUCCCUCCCCUGACUGACUGCUCAGGAAUGAAGUUAGAGUGUGACAUGAAAAUGCUCUCUCCGAUGACCAUGUCGCCUAAGUCUGUCGAGGAGAACCUCGGCCUGUCGCCUUCACACACAAUCUUGAGCUCUGACCUGGGAUACGAGUCAUUAGCUUCACCGCUCAGUGAACCAGAAUCUAUGGACUUGUCAGACUUUUGGUGUGAAUCAUUUUCAGAAUUAUUUCCCGGUCUAGCAUAGAAUGUUUCUGCAUUUUGACUCCCACCAAAGACUGACUAGUUUUAUGUUCUAAGUUAUAAUGUACCUUACUUUGUUAAGUUUAUCAAAUGACAAUUUAGUGUUUGUGUACCUAUUUAUGUUAAGUAAAUGUUUUAUAAUUAUUGAAAUUAACAAAUUGUAAUUUAGUGUUUAGUUAGGAUGCACAUAUGUUUGUAAAUAAACAGUUCAGUGUCUCGUCGAA